CAACGCAGGGAGCCAGGGGAGCGAGCGAGCGAGAGAGAGAUCAGCGGAGGGACAUGGCAACCGAGAUCGAGGGCUACUACAGCCGACGACCCAACGCUCACCGAGUCCGGCGACGUGGUGGAGUCGUGGGUGGACAAGACCUACAGCAUCCACCGCCGCAGCCGCCACCCCCUCGUCGCCGGCCUCGACGUGGAGUGGCGGCCCGCCCGCGAGCCGGGCCCCGUCGCCGUGCUGCAGGUCUGCGUCGGCCGCCGCUGCCUCGUCUUCCAGAUCCGACGCGCCAACUACGUCCCCGACGCCCUGUCCAACUUCCUCGCCGACCGCCGGUUCGCCUUCGUCGGGGUCGGGAUCCGCGACGACGCGGCCAGGCUGCGGGACGGGUACGGGCUGGAGGUGUCGCGCGCGGUGGACCUGCGCCGCCACGCCGCGCGCACGCUGGGGAGGCCCGAGCUGCGCGGCGCGGGGCUGCGGGCGCUGGUGCGGGAGGUGAUGGGCGUGCGGAUGGAGAAGCCGCACAAUGUGCGCGUCAGCGCCUGGGACAGGCGCAAGCUGACCGAGGACCAGUGCAAGUACGCCUGCGCCGACGCGUUCGCGUCCAUGCAGGUCGGCUGGAGGCUCUACAACGAUGCAUGACGAGCUCAGAACUCCGGGUCGCCUGGUGUGGUAUUUUGCGGCGUGGCAUGUAGUGAUCUU